AUGCAAUCUGCUCUCGCCAUCGACUCUCUUCUCAACGCUGCUCGCUUUCUCGAAGCAGCCGCUGCUCAACAUCAAGCCUCGGCAGCAACAAGCUCUUUCUUGAUUGAUUCGGCAAUCAGUGAAGAAAUGGAGCUUCGUGAUUUGAUUUCUGGAAAAAUUCGUGUGAAGCGGCCAGCCUCCACCUCAUCGGCUACUUCUUCCGAACCUUACACCAUUUCAAGAAAAAGUUCGAGCACCAAACAAAGCAGGACUGCUCAUAACGAAUUGGAAAAAAAUCGAAGAGCAAACUUGAAGGAUUGUCUUGAAACACUCAAAAGUCUUGUUCCGGAUUCACCUGACGCGGCCAAGAAUACCACACUGGCCUUGCUGACCAGAGCUCACGAUCACAUUGAGUGUCUCGAUUCUCAAAUGGCUCUUGCUGACCGUGAACUGGCUACAUUGGAAGCUGAAAGACGAGCUCUGAUCGAUGAUCUUUCCAAGCUUGGAGCUGAUGUGUCUUCAUUGACCAUCCCUGAGCCAAUUCCAUCGGAAAUCCCUGCAUCUCAAGAGCCAUCUCGUGCUCCCACUCCAUUUUCUUUCAUCAAUUCAUCAGUCCCUUCUUCUUCUCGUGCUUCCCCAUCUCUUCCUGAGUACUCUCCAAUCACAAAGAGUUCCCCAUCUCCAUCACCUCUUAUUAUUGAUCCAGUCAAAGAAGGUCUUGUGUCAGCUUUUCCAAUUUGUUACCCAUCUCGUUCUUUGUAUCCCCAUUUCGAUCUCGCUCAGCAUGCAUCGGUUCUUCAAGAACUCGGCUUGCCACUUCGUCACCUCAUCCUC